AUGAGCUGGGAGCUGAUACUGUCAGUCUACAUCCUGACCUUCCUGAUUGGUCUGCCCACCAACCUCCUAUCACUCUGCGCCUUCAGCAUCAAGAUCCACAGGAAGGCCACGCCCACAGACAUCCUGCUGCUCAACCUGACGGUGUCGGACCUCCUCUUCCUGCUGGUGCUGCCGCUGAAGAUGCACGAGGCCGCCUCCCACAUGCGCUGGCACCUGCCCUACUUCCUGUGCAGCGUCACCUCCUUCCUCUUCUUCUCCACCAUCUACACCAGCUCCCUGCUGCUCAUGGCGGUCAGCGUUGACCGCUACCUGGGCGUGGCCUUCCCCAUCCGCUACAAACUCCUGCGCAAGCCCCUGUACGCUGUGGCCGGCAGCGCGGCCAUCUGGAUCGUCAGCUCCGCCCAUCUGUGUUUCAUUUACAUCGUUGACCAGCAGAGGACAGGGAGCCCAGCCCACAUCUGCUACGACAACUUCUCUCCAAAGCAGAUGGCGAUCGUACUUCCCAUGCGUCUGGAGAUCAGCAUCGUCUUGUGUUUCAUUCCUCUCCUGGUCUGCGCCUUCUGCUACCUGAACCUCAUUCUCAUACUCAGCAAGCUGUCCAACUUCGGCCGGGAGAAGAAGCUGAGGGCCACGGGCAUGGCUGCAGGAACGCUGCUGGUGUUUGUGGUCUGUUUCCUGCCCUUCAAUGUCACUCACAUUGUGGGGUUUCUGCACAAGGAAAGCGACCAGUGGCGAUCCUACACUCUGCUCCUGAGCAGCAUCAACUCUGUCCUGGACCCCAUCACCUUCUACUUCUCCUCCUCCGCCUUCCAAGUCAACAUGAAGAACAUCCUGACCAGAGGGGUGAGGAGCAGCUCCAUGACCGCUCUGGUGACCCUGCAGCGUAAUGCUACAGGCACGGAGGCCCGGCAGGGACAAACAAACCCGGCCCUCCAGUAA